GACCUUCCAUUGCCGCCUUUUCUUUCAGGUCAACAAAAAAUCAUCCUAUCCAAAAACGAGACAACCGAGCAACAAAGGCUCAAAGACAAAUCAUCGCCAGGCCGUAGAUUUUUGUUGCAGCUUUAAUCAAACCACACAUGUGAGCUUCGGUAUUCUGCUGUUGUUCUCCCCCCUUUCCCAAGUCGACUACAGAACACGAUGCCGCCGCGACUGGUGCGUCGGAGACCGCUCGCGGAGCGUGUCAAGGCGAUGCUGAACCCUAUGGAUUUCCUACUGUGGCUAUCCGAAGAGAUCGAGACGCGCGAUUGGAACUCUAAGCUUGUCGGCACUCAGAUGGGCGUGGCUAUGAACUUCGCUUUCCUGCUCGCCAGGGCCAAUAGUGGUCUUACUCACGCUGCAGAUCCCGUGUUCGAAGAUAGCUCGGUGCCUGGUUGGGUUACCUUCUUUGUCGGCACUAUGGUCUGGUCAUUGGCUGGCUUCUCGGUCGUUAAUGCGAUCUACACGAUGUACCGAUCCCGUCACUACCGACUAUUCGAAGCAGAUGUGGAGAAGCAACCCGAAACCCCUUCGGCGCAUCGCGUCCGCGUCCAGUCCUCCCCCGUAUCGUCGUCGCCUCUGCGAUUAUUAACGGGUCUGAUGGGUUCGGAGAGUGCCGAGUCGCGAGCGCAUCCCGACCGAAGCCGAGAUGUGUGGGAGGUGUCGGUUUGGGACCCGUUGCCGAUUUGUCUGCAGAUAUUUUGUUUGUUCAGUCCCGGUCACGUUUUGGUUUACAUGAUGUUUCUACCGCUGGCCCCUUUGGAUACGAGGCCAAGCAUUACUGUUCUGAACUGCAUCAUAUUGCAGUUCAUCCUGUCAGGACAGCUGCUCCUAUUUCAGAACAGAUUUACCCAGCAAAACAAGGACACGGCUAUUAUCCAAAAACAGGUCAUGCACGAAUACGAUACCAAAUUCGUCCAUCCCAAUCUAUAUCCUACGGUCAGGGAUGUGGCAACGCAAAUAUCGCAGAAUGACGAGGGGGAUGACCGUGAUGAGGAUAUACAAGUUGGCACGCCUACUGUUCAGCUUCGACGAGGCUUCCGAACGCGACCGAACCCCAACUAUGUCAAACAUAUUGAUCCGGAUCGUAGCAGUGGCUUUUCCAACAGCAGUUCCGGACUAUUUACCCCUACUGCAUCAAAGAGAUAUACGGACAGUCUAGGAAGUGAUAUUAGGGCUCGCACUCCUCUAGCUAGUGCCAAGCCUCCUCAUCGGAGAGGCACAUCAGGCCUCUCCACAUCAUUUAACGCAAAUUCAUCCCAAUUGGGAACUUCUACGAAUUAUACCUCCGCUCUUUCCUCUUCUACCAACACCGGUAACCACGGAGGUGAUGGAGGAUAUAUGGGCGUAUAUACCCACCCACAAUCACCCCUGAAGAAAGGCCCUAGUUUAGGCGAGCUUCAGUUUAGAUCACCGCGUAAUAACAGCGAGAUGGCUCAGCUCGAGCAAUACCAAUCGGCGAGGGACCGUAGUAUUAGUCCUAUGAAGAGCAUUAGGAAAAGCACUGGGACGAGCUCUCAGCCGGGUAGUUGGGGACGGACCCAACCGACAUCGUACGAGAGAUAUCCCUCCAUGUGGCGAUAGAGGGUCUGUGAUAUUUGAGGGUUAUGCAUCAACAUUAGGAGCAGGUUAGGGGAGUAUGGGAUGGGCACGGCGUCUAUUGCAUUACACUGCCUACGUUAAGGACUUUUUUCUACAUUCACUGGCAUUUGUACCAAUACGGGCUGCAUCUACAGAGAACUAAAUAAAAUAGCGGCGGCAUUAAUGUAAUAGCCGUUGACGUACUUCCC